UCAAACGUAUCUCAGUCUAAAAUAGUCUGCAAUCACGCGAACGCUCUCCUUAUUUUAUUUUUGACCUUUUACUCCUUCUCCACCUCCUCCUCCUCCUCCUGCUUCUUCUUCUUCUUCUUCUUCCUGUCAGCUUACCCAAUUCCUUCCGAAAGUGUGUUUUUCUUUUUUUUCCUGCAAAUUCCUGCUCAGCAAGGCUUUUCUCGAGCUGCAUGCUGCAACCCAGAUUCGGUUUUCGGUUCCUGAUUGAGGCCACCUUGGUUUGAAGCGAGGAUGAGGCACAGUGGGCAAGCGAAUCGCUGGCAGGAUCCGGCUAGAGUGGGAUUCUUGUUGGUGGUUUUUACGCUUUGCCAGAGUCUUGGCGCCUGCCGGUGCUUAAACGAAGAAGGCUUGGCUCUGUUGAGGGUAAGAGAUAAGGUAGUCAGUGACCCUUUUGGAGCUUUGAGAAAUUGGAAGGAAGAUGAUGGAGAAAUCGAUCCAUGCUCGUGGUUUGGCGUCGAGUGUUCUGAUGGAAAAGUUGUGGCUUUGAACUUAAGAGAUCUUUGUCUCGGAGGAACUCUGGCACCUGAGAUUGGAAACCUGGUUCACAUUAAAGCUAUAAAUCUGCGUAACAACACUUUCUCUGGAGUCAUUCCAGAAGCAAUUGGUGAAUUAAAGGAGCUGGAGGUGUUGGAUUUGGGAUACAAUAACUUCAGUGGGCCACUCCCAUAUAAGCUUGGAAAUAAUUUUUCGCUUGCAAUCCUCCUUGUGGACAACAAUGAGCUUCUAACUGCAUCCUCUCCUGAAAUCCAAGAGUUCACUUUGGCUUCUGAAUCUCAAGUAGAUGAGAACCUUCUGUCAAUUGCCGCAAACAAAUUAGCUUGCAAAAUGAGAUGCAAUGCAUGGAAAGUGGAACAAACAAGCAAUGUCAUUCACAGCAGAGUUCUUACUGUCACCCUGGGCAGCCCACAAAGAAGACAUGGAUACCAUCCAUUCCACCGACAGCACCUAACAAAAAAGGUCGCAUGCCACCGGAAUCACCAAGACAAGAAGUCCGAUCCAGAUCCCCACCCCGCCCCAACCCCAAGCCCACCCACGAACUCAUCUGCAUCUCCAGCUCCUGAGUUAACAAAUAUUUCACCACCACCAAAAGCAAAGUCAAGUCAUCCAGCAAUCAUUGGUGGAGUGGUUGGAGGCUCGUCUUUUGUCUUGAUUACCAUCCUCGGUGUGUAUCUUUGCAAAAGCAAUAAGGUGGCCACUGUCAAACCUUGGGCCACAGGUUUAAGCGGACAGCUGCAGAAGGCAUUUGUUACUGGUGUACCAAAGCUGAAGAGAGCAGAGGUUGAAGCAGCAUGUGAAGAUUUCAGCAAUGUGGUCGGUUCUUCCUCCAUUGGCACAAUUUAUAAAGGAACUUUAUCAAGUGGUGUGGAAAUUGCUGUGGCAUCUGUUGGAGGAAAAUCAGCGAAGGAUUGGUCAAAGAAUUUAGAAGCUCAGUUCAGAAAUAUGAUUGGCACUCUAUCAAAAGGAAAUCACAAGAAUUUCGUCAAUCUUCUCGGAUACUGCGAGGAAGAGGAACCAUUUACCAGGAUGAUGGUUUUUGAAUACGCUCCCAAUGGGACUCUCUUUGAGCAUUUACAUAUUAAAGAAUCUGAGCACCUAGACUGGGGAAUGAGGCUGAGAAUUGCAAUGGGCAUGGCAUAUUGCCUCGAGCACAUGCAUUUGAUGAACCCACCAAUGGUGCACAAGAAUUUGAACUCUUCAGCUGUCACCCUUACUGAAGAUUACGCCGCCAAGAUCUGUGACUUCAAUUUCUGGAACCAAAUGGCUGCAGCCGAGAUUGAACAAUCUGGAAUAGACCUCUUAAACACUGCUUCUGCAUCACGAGGGCCAGAGAGCAAUGUUUACAGCUUCGGCGUAAUACUGUUUGAAAUGGUAACUGGUAGGCUUCCAUAUUCUGUAGAUAAUGGUUCCGUUGAAGAUUGGGCUUCAGAUUAUUAAGGAGAACAACCUCUAAGGGAAAUGGUGGAUCCAAGUCUCGAUUCUUUUCAAGAGGAACAGGUGGAUAGAAUUGGACAAGUGAUAAAAUCGUGCGUCCACCCUGAUCCAAGAAGUAGACCACCAAUGAGAGAAGUGGCGGCAAUGUUGUGGGACAUAACUGGAAUCACUCGUGAUGGGGCAACCCCGAAAAUUUCUCCUCUUUGGUGGGCAGAACUCGAGGUUCUAUCUACUGAUGCAAACUAAAACUGUAAGUACAAGCUCAAGCUUUUCUUGUUUGCUUUGUAUCUGAAGAAAGGUGACGACGAAACACAUGCCUUGUAUAUAUGAGGUAGAAGAAUUAGGUUUGUCGUCUCAUUUUGUUGUUGUUCGUGCUCUUCAUGUGGCUGUGUUGAAGCACAUACCAGAAGCACAAAGAUCUAAAGAAUUCUGAGUAAAGUUUGCCUUUUCUGAGCACUGUGUUGCUCUCUUUCUA